CAACAGCAGCAGCAACAGAGGCAGCAGUCCGCCGGCCACCCUAACGACGGGUCAGUCCGCGAGCCUGACGGGCCCGACGUCGGCCAGUAGCAGCAGCAGCCCCGGACGCCAUCCUUACAACUCCACUGUUUAUCUGCCCGAGAGCGACGAGCUUCAGUACAGUAUACUUGCGGCAUUCUCGGAUAUGGAAACUGUCUUUUUGGCCUGUAUAUCAACACUUGUGCCUCUGAUCGUCGCCUUGGGGAUCGCAUUUGGCAUCAGACAUGUUUGGCGAAAGUACAAGAACAGGCGCAACAACUCAGCAAGCGGUUUGCCGUGGUACAGGGGCGUCUGCUCCCGCGAGGAUACCAUGGAUUCGCUCCACCAUCGGCCCCACGCCGGCAGCCAGAUCAUCCAGCCGCCCACGCAGAUCCUCUCCGCUCAGGACCUGGUGAAUGGUUUAGAUGGGCCGCGGUACAUCUGCGAGACGGAGGUGAUGGAGCAAGUCGCGCUCGCAGCCGCCAACGUCGAUUACGUCUCCCCUGGGAGUCACACAAGCAAAAACGCCGACGGGAACAUUAUCACUCUGACGCUCAAAAAUAACCACCUCAUCGUCGAGACGGAGGAACGUGCUGUGACGAUGGAGGACACGAGAUGCAGAAAAUACCAGGACGACGGCUGUUCGGUAAUCGUCGAGGUCCCGGCUGGUUAUCAGAGCGACGAAACCGACGACGUCAAUAGAGGCUCGUCGGAUGACAUGGCCGCCCGAGUCACCGAUCAGCAAGCGCUCGUUCAUCGCGAAGAAAUCCCCGAAGAUCGCUCUGGCGCCUUCAGCAACACGAAGCUGUUUGGCAGUACGAACACGGGCCUCUCGCAGUCGGACCUCUCCAUUUGCAGUCAGGGCUCGGUCAAUCCUAGCUAUCGAUAUGGAAAUCAGCUGGAAUACGAGGCCGGCCACUUCGGCUAUCCGAUGUACGGAGCCGAAUGCGACUCGAUAAUGGAUUCUGCGCGAAAGUCGUCGUGGGCCGCAACAAAUACCAAGUGGGUCGAAUUCGACAAAUCGCCCGACACUGAGAACGCACUCCUUCAGGACCUCAAGGCUCAGGGAAGCCGCGGGAAAGACGACCCGGACUAUAUUCCCGUGUCGAACAGGCACAACAAUAACAACAAUAAUAACAAUAAGGGAUAUUCGCAGCAUUCGGAGUUGUCUGCGCAGUCGAAGGAUUCGCUGGAAGCUAAAGGAUCGAUCGCUACUAUUGUCCAUUCUAAUACAAAUCUACAUAUAAACGGCGCGAUGUCCAAUAAGUUCGAAAACAUAGAACAGGAAAUCCCCGAUAUCGAUUUGAUGAUCAAGGGGAACGAGGCGAGUUCGUCUUUCACGAAACCCGUGAUUACCGGUGCAAUCCUCAAGGACGAGGUGAACCUCCAGGAGGAUACGUUUCAGGAACAGCAACGAAAGCUCGGCAAUGGCACUCUAACACCCGAGCACAAACAAACCGAACAACAUAUGGACAAGAGUAUCCGAUCGGAGCCGAACAACAAGGAGCAGAAUAAUGUGGUUACGAGGCCGGAGGGCAGUGCCUUCGUCCCGAGUCACAAGCGUAGCUGCAGCAUACCCCCGCGACUCAUCGAGGAAAGCCUCGAGAUCGAGCGCAAGAAGCCUCUAGACAUAUACAGUCAAAUUAAGACAAGCACGAAGAGCAUAUUACCCGGUCUCAGCCCCAAGUUCGAGCUCCUGCAGAACGAGAUCAGCCCCGUCGACGACAAGGAGAGUUAAUCCGUCCUCAAAGGAAGCUUCGUGUUCCAUUUUUAGAAAUUUUCUUUUUACUUUGCUGCUUAAUCACACGUCCGACUGGCUCCC